CACUGCGUCGGGAGGAGCUGCGUCUUAAGAGUGCAGUCAUGCUGACUCGUCGGGUCUUGAAAUGGUUGCUAGCGACCCUGGCCGCAAGUAUCAUAGCCAGCGCGCACGCCAGUGACUCUUCAAGCUUAGAGAGCCCGAGUGCAGCGGCAGUCAAUCCAACGCCAUCAAAUCCAUUGGCAAGACUAGAAAAGUUGCGGAAAAAACGAAUGAGAAAAAAACUAGAUGCGGACGAACCUCAUGAUAUUUCUGAGACACGCCCAUUUCAAAACGAAAAACGUCUUCUAAACAAACGAAAAGGGGGGUUUAGAGAUCAUAAAUCACACGAGUCCCCCAACGAUAUCAACGAACGACCUCUCGGAAUUGAGGGACAGGCUGAAACUUAUCCUCUAACCGAUGUGGCUUUUGGAAAAACAGAAAACAUUGACGAACUACCGAACGAUGAUUUGCUUCUAAAAUCUGAUUUAUCGCAGUCUUCUGAUCGACGACGCAGGCUAAAGUUCAGAGGAGUUUCGAGUCACGAACGAACAGAUGGAAGAAAAGGAACUGUGUCUGUUCAACCUAUCGUAGACCCGCACAACAGAAAACGGCCACUCACGCAUCGACGGUCUACAAAACCGAACUUGCAAUCCCAUUCAGUGUCUCCAGUACCGACCCGACCACAACGUAAACGAAGGAUUGUGCGUAAGAAAGAAUCAGUAACCGAGGAACUACACCCCAAUGUUGGCGUAAACUCGCAUCGACUGCUGCUCGAAGGUUUGGAAGAAGAGCUGCGUGCUGAGCACGGAGCACCGACGAGGUCCACUUGGCAUCACUCGACGCCGGCGGCAACUCUGACUGCUCCUCAGUUGGUUACCUUGCCCUUUGUUGAACAAGACUUUGCGCCUUUCGAGAAAUCGUUUUCAGGAGCAAGUGAUCUGCAUUUCCACCCUCUGCUUUCUUCCAUUUCACCACUCCCUCAUCCGGUGAAUGACUUUUUUCCGAGGCAUGGGCCCCACUUGAGCAACCCGGUCCUCGUUCCUUCGGCCAAGUCUUUGUCACCACCGCUUCCAUCGGGAAGUACACCUGGUCACGGCCCACCUCCGCCUCCUCCACUCCCUCCAGCUGUUCCCCUUCAUCCCCCAGGCCUUCCCCUACCUCCUCCAGGUUUGCCAGGGAAACGUACUCCCCCUCCUCUGUUCCGGCACCACACGGAGAUCAAGCAGCUGUCGGGGGGCAAGAGUCUACAGAAGCCUGCACCCGAGCACUACUACGACGACCGCGGCAAGGAGAAGGCUAAGAAAUUAUUCAACGAAAAAUAUCCGAGAUUCAAACCAAUAAGAGUCAAGAAAAAGCGAGGAAAAUCUUCUUUCAACGGCAAGAAUCGGUGUUUCAUCCACCCGCUGGCAAGGGACUUACCAAGAAGUUCCAGGUGCCAUCCGCACAGAAGCGGGAAAUCCAGAAGUUCGAGGAAACAAAAACUGAGAAAAUCGUUCCCCUUCCCCGGAGCUCCGCCGGUACCAUUGCCCCAUGCCCUAGUACCAGGACACCACAGGGCCCAUGGGUACGUGAGUGUGUACGCCGCCGUACCCAAUGACCUCUUUCCCAUUCACAGCCGCGAGUUCCGAGCAAAACAUUCAGAAUAUUGGAAAUCUUUUUACGGUCGCGCUAAUCGAUACUAACGAUUCAUUCCUUUGAGAUGCAAAAACCAUCCAAAUUAAAAACUAAUUCGUCUAUGACUUUGUACACUGUUGCAUACGAUCCACACAAACACGAUGGUUUGUGCGGAUAAAACGAGAAAAGAAAAAUAAAUUGCCGGAUAUAUCUAUAGCAUGUG